ACUGACGCAGGACGCUAGUGGUCAACUGCUUCUUUUAAAUACAACAAUAUUGUGAAUUAUAUUUUUAUAUCACUAAAUAAUCAGCAUCACUUACAUUAUGAGACGGUUCAUAAUAGUAGUGGUUGCAAUACACUCCUGUAUAUUAUCAAGAGCUCAAGAUCAGAUACAUUUUGUGAAAGCUGAUGAAGAAAAAGCCACAGAAACCAAUUUUAAAUGCGGUAUAAAUAAUCCGAGCGGUCUGGUAUUCCGCUUCGGAGACGGGCUGGCUGACUUUGGAGAAUAUCCAUGGAUGGUAGCAAUCAUUAAAAAAUCGAACACGACGUCGAAAGAAUGGUCCGAUAAAAACUACCUCAACGCUGGCACUCUAAUACAUCCCUCUGUUGUACUCACCAUCUCGUAUGGCCUCGAAAAACUGACACCUAAUAAGCUCAAAUGCCGGGCGGGAGAAUGGAAUAAAAACACCGAAGAUGAAAAUUAUCUGCAUCAGGAAAGGAACGUACGUAGAAUUGUCACCCAUCGAGACUAUUUAAAGGCAUCCCUCCUCAAUGCAGUAACCUUGAUAUUUCUGGAACAACCUUUCGAUUUAAGUGAGGCGCCGCACGUGGGCAUAGCGUGCGUGGGUCAGACGUUGCCAGAGCCGGGAACUAAAUGCUUUAGUACUGGCUGGGGCAUGUCCGAUGCCGCAGGAAAGUCUGACAUAUUGAAGAAGAUACCGGUUACUCUCAUAAGUGCUGCUGACUGCGAAGCAAAAAUGCGAGAGACGCGACUCGGUAAGAUUUACCGAUUGCACGACAGUCUGACUUGCGCAAUCUCAGCUGAUGAUAGUUGCAAGGGCGACGCGGGGGCGCCACUUGUCUGUCCCGUAAAUGGUGAAAGUACAAGAUACACGUUGUACGGUAUGAGCGCGUACGGUAUACAAAAUGGCGCCCCGUGUGCUUAUGUCAAAGUUCCUGCCUUUUACAGCUGGAUAGGAGAGCGCAUGGCUGAAGAAGGAUUUAAUUCCGACUCAUAUACUUACUUGCCUUAAUUGAUGCUAGUUUUGAUAUAGAAAAUUAAAAAAUA